GUAAAAAAUGCCUUCUGCUAAGAAAAUUUAGAGUGGCGGCAAAUUUGACUAGGAUUAGAAUAUUUAAUUUUUAAAGACUUCUUUCAACAAUGUCAGCAUUGAGAAAAAGAUCCAAGUCCCUUGACUCUUUUGCUGCUCCAGAUACUAAACCAUUUAAACUUCAAAGAGUUGCCAGUUUUCAAGUUUAUGCUCAGAAAGAGAAAGUCCGUCUUAGUACCCUUUAUCCGUUUUUAACACAGGAGCAAAUCCAUCUGAAAAUCAAGGACAGAUGGAAUCACAUGAAACAAGAAAUGAAACAGAACUACACCAAAGCUGUUCUGUAUACAACACCAACUAAACAACAUGCAUGUAAGAAAACCCCAGCUAAGUCAUCACAGUCAGUACUGCCCAGGGAAGAUGGACAGUUGAAAUUGUUAAAGGAUAAGAAGCAAACUGGGCACGAAAAUGAUGUUUGUGGAAAUAAAAAUAUGUUAUCCAAAUCUGUUGCAAGCAAGGCAAAAGUUGUGGAUUGGCUAAACAAUCCUAAGCAGAGGAGACUUUCAGACCCAAUUGGACUAAAGAAAACUUAUGAAGGGACAAGGUACAAUCUGUCUUGUGGAAUACCUACAGUCACUGAUCCAACACCUUUCAAACAAGCAGGCAUUUUGAAAUGUGGAAGCAGCGAAAAGAAGAAACAACCAAAGAAAAGCAAAAGAGGUUCACAUGUCAGUUUUUCACACAGUAACGAAAAUCUCACAAAACCAUGUCCAGAUUCCCAAGGAAAGGAAAGAGAAGGAAAGACAAAGAAAAGUGUCAAGAAGACUAUGAGCUCAGAAUACACCAACUUAAGCAGCUUGUACUGUGAAGACACUAAUGAGAGGAAUGGUGAAUGUGAACACGGUCAUUCAGGGACAAAUUCUGACACAAAAUUACAGCCCAGCGACGCAGGAGGUCUAGUUUUUCAUGAAAACAUGGAAGAUGAAUUGUUCACAACACCAGAAAUUGGAAAGAUACCUCUACAAGAGAUUGGUAAAGCUCCACGAAAGAGAAGGUCAUCUGAAACAAGGACAGAGAGACUUGAUAGCCGGAGUAGGAUUGCAAAACCAGGUAAACGAUCGAAAAUGAAAACCUUGAACAAAACUGCAAAGGAAAAUUCAAGCAACUCUAAUAAGUUAUCCUCAGAUGUGUUUGGAAAUAAGGUGUGGGCAGCAACAACUUAUUCUAAACAAUCUGGAGGGAGGAAAAAGAUGCCCAAGAAGACAAGUGACAAGAAAACUGAAGCGAGAGGAAGAAGGCUCAAAGAUGCUGAUGGUGGUAUUGUCAGUGGGAGAAGAGGAAGUCUGGUAGGCCCGGUGAAGAAAGAUUCAGAUGACAAUGCUUCAGGGAAUUUCAUCAGGAAUAAAAGAGGUUUGAUUGUAGGACCUGUAGGCUGUGAUUUUGAUGAUAUGGGUGAUGAAGCUGGGUUGUCUGAUGAGAGUGAGAAUGACUUUGUUAAGAAUAAUGAAAGUUACUUGUAUGAUGAGAAGGAUUUAAAGUUUGGGAAAAUAGACCAGGUGCUUGACCACAAAGACAAUGAAAGACAAGUCUCCAAAUUGACCCGAACAUCAAACCAAACAUCAGGAGACUGUCCGUCCAAGGAACGGCAACUAGGUUUUAAGAUGAAGAAGUCGACAAAGAAAGUAAUGAAAAUGAGGUAUUGCAGUGACUUUGAUGAUGGUGACGAUAUUAAAUCCAUCCAAAAGGAAAAUGAGAAACAGCAGAAGAAAGAAUCAAAGAAGAACUCAAAAACAGCAGAAGACAUGUUUAAUUCAGAAUCUCAGUUGAAGCAUGAGAUGUUGUCGUUGUGUAAUGACUUUGUUGUACAGAAACCUGUGUCCCCUAUUAUUUCUGAAGGUGACAGCAGCCUCAGUGCCUGUGGAACCGACAAUCUGUCCUUCCAAGGCACCACUGCAAAUAUGGAUGGAAACCCAACACUCAUGAAAUUUCUACGAAAGAUGAAACAGAUUACUUCGCCCAGUAUUCUUGACAUGGGAGACACAUCUCCCAAACUGCUGUCUCCAACUCUCUCAGGCAUUACUGAGCUGUCAAGCCUGUCUACAGCAUCAACUGUUAAAGAGUGUGAUCAACCUGUCCAAUCACGAUUAAGGACUCGAAGAGCCAGUGAUGUGAAACAGCCUCUUGAGGCAGAGACGUUUCCUUCAACCUCCAAGUCAGCUCUCCGACACAGCAACCAAGGACAGAAGGGGGCCAAGGAAUACACACUGUGCAGCAUGUUCAAGGAUACGUUACAGCCGACACAGGACAUUCACAAGUCUUCGGCAAGGAGACUGGUUAGGAGCAAUUGUAUGCCAGGCAGAAGCAACUUUGAUGACAUGUUUGAAGACCAGGAUAUAUUCCAUUGAACUGUAGACACUCUACUGUUUGUCAACUGUCUAAUCAUGUAACACAUUGCCAUGAGUUUCAAGGAAUACUGAAUCACAUAAUUACCUAUAUAUCUACAUGUCUGAUAUUGACAAAUCAUGAGAUGAUCUGUAGUUAUGUCAAGAAAGUUUUGAAUAUUUUCUCUGUUCCAGUUUUUGUCUCUGACAUCAGUGUUCUUUGUCACUGUUAAUUAGAAUUUACUAAGGUUAUUUUCUGGCAUAAAGGUAACCAACAUCUCUUUGAUAUUUCUGUUGUCACACUCUGUACAAUAACUCAGAAAAUAUGAAAUAUAUUUGGCAAAUUUGUUAUGGUUUGCUGCAUGUCCUCGACCAGUUUUAGUUGAUUUGAUCUUUACUAAUCCCUUCACACACAUUUUUCAUUGGUCAAUGUGAACAUUGCUGCUCUUUCUCUAAAGGAUAAACUGAUUAUACCAAUAAGCAUAUUGUUUCUUAUCAAGGACAAGAGAAUUCUACAUUAACAUAGUUUUGUAUAUACAAUCAAAAGCCACAUUUACAUGUUCAUUUCGUACACAGUAAUAUAUUUACGUAUCUCUAGGUAUAAACUGUUGGUCUGUUUUGUCAGAUAUAACAUUAGUUGGAUAUUUCUAGAUUCUAUUUCUGUUUAGUUUACAGAAAUAGCUACUCUGUAUUCACACCUUGAAAUCAAGCUGUCAAAUCUGAGACCAUGUGUCAUAACAACCUUCUUCCAUGGUGAAAGUGAAGUUAUCAUGUUAAAUGACUUACUAAUGUUGAAUUACUUGUUUGUUGAGUAUUGGUUUUAGAAACUGUUGUUUCAUUGCAUUACCGACACAAAUAAAACUUAUUGUUGAA